AGAGCCGCAUAAUCAAUAGUCAUGUCUGCCCCUCAAGAGCACAACCACAACCACAACCAUAACCACGAUCAUUCUCAUGAUCACGCUCAUGAUCAUGAUCACGAUCACGACCAUAGUCACGAUCAGGAAGACGCGAUUGAUGAAGAAUAUCUUACUCAGGACGAUAUUCUCGAAGUAGACGAUGCCGAGGGUUAUGAGCCUAUGGAUGACGACGAUGAGGGUGAAUAUGCCGAAGGUCAAGAGAAUCCUCUCGAGGGAUAUGAAAUGAGACCCUCUGCUGAUGACGAAAAUGUCAUGGAACUUGCCGACGACUCUGUUCAGGGUUUCUUUGAUCACGGAGAACCUGUCUAUGCUGUCGCUAUCCACCCCAAGGAUGGUACAAUUGUCGCAAGUGGUGGUGGUGAUGACAAGGGUUACCUUUGGCGCUCAGACACCGGCGAGAAAGUAUUUGAAUUGGAUGGCCAUACCGACUCGGUUACUGCCGUUGCCUUUAGCGUCGACGGUGAUUAUGUUGCCUCGGCUGGUAUGGAUGGCAAGGUCCGUGUCUGGAAGACCAUGACCGGUGAAUUCUGCACUGCUGUCGAAGGUCCUGAUGAUAUUAUUUGGAUCAACUGGCAUCCCAAGGGUAACAUUCUUUUGGCUGGUGCUUCAGACGGUACUUUGUGGAUGUGGGCAAUGCCAAGUGGCAAGUUUAUGAACAUCUUUACUGGCCAUGCUGCUCCUGUCACCAGUGGCUGCUUCACUCCGGAUGGUAAGAAGAUUGUGUCCGUUUCUGAGGAUAUGACCUGCAUUGUUUGGGAUCCCAAGACUGCUGUUGCCGAAAUUCGUCUCACCAGUGAUGACAACCGUUUCCAUGGUGAGCCUAUUACUGCUGUCGCUGUCAACAAGGACAGCACUCUUGCUAUCACCGGAAGCAUGGAUGGAAAGGCUCGUUUGAUUAACAUCCUUAAUGGAAACAUUGUCACUGCCCUUGAGAAUCACACUGACUCUGUCGAGACAAUCUCAUUCUGUGAUGUUCUUCCUUUGGCUGCCACUGGUUCAGUAGAUGGUAACAUCUCUAUCUGGGAUGUCCAGACCCAGCGUCUUCGCCACACCUUGUCUCACGAUGACGCCAUCGUCAAAGUACAGUUCAUUCGUAACUCUUACCUGCUUAUUUCAUGCUCUGUUGAUAAGAAGGCCAAACUCUGGGAUGUUCGUACUGGCCAGUGCUUGAAGACAUGGAGUGGACAUCGUGAUACCAUUCUUGAUAUCGCUGCCUCAAGUGAUGGUCAGACAAUCGUAACUGCUUCCGAUGAUGGCCAUUGUUUGGUGUUCAAGCCCUAAAGCGACUAUGAAAAAAAAUGAAAAAGAAAAGAAAGGAGAGUUUUUUUGCUUCUUUCAAACCUCAUCAUCCAUCCUUUCUUUCUUUCUUUUUCUUUACCACUCUCCUUUGCAUCUAAUACUUAAUUUUCUCUCUUCCUUAUUCUUCUUGACUAUUUUCUUUUAAAUAUAUUUGUAUUUCUUCAUAAUGAUUUCUUUUUUUUUGCGUUAUUCAAGAUGAACUUUUGCACUCAAAAUAGAUUUUUUUUUUCAAACC